GCCUCCUCGCUUUGGCGCCCCCGAGAUCGUGUUCUGUCGUCGCUCUGGGGUUAUUUCGCUCCAUCACAACCACCACCAGCCAGCCAGCCAGCUCGGCUCUGAGCAAUGAGACUGUCGACGGUGCUUGCGGCGCCUCUCAUCCUGCUGGCUCUCAGCAUCUACGUUUCCGCCCUGUCCGAGACCGAGUCGGCAAACGACACAUCGACGCCAGCGGCUCAACCCCAGGUCCUCACGAACAAUAGUGUGCACGUCAUCACCGACUCCAACUAUACCGAGUUGCGCAACGGCGACUGGCUGGUCCUUGCCUAUGCCCCUUGGUGUGCCUUUUCCCAAGCGAUUCUUUCACAUUGGCAUCUGCACGAGGAUCAGCCCGAGUCCGGCCUCGGUGCCAGCGCUCUGCGCAACUUGACCCUGACCAACGAGACGCUUCGCUUUGCAAGGGUGAAUGCCCAGGAAAACACCAGGACGGCGGCUUUGCUGGAGAUCAGGCAGUAUCCGUCCAUCAAAUUGAUCCUCAAUGGCACGCACGUUUGGACCUACAGCUCGUUUUCGAGUUCAUCUCUGACCGACGAGGGCAGUGAGGCCGAAUACUCUCCGGCCAUGAUCGAACUCUGGGUUGUCAAGAAAUGGAAGCAGCAGCAUAUUCUCAACCAGCUCCCCCAGUCGUACUCGAUAUGGUACAAAAUCCAGUUGGAUCUUCACAACAUGAUAUCAAGACACUCCGUAAGCAGCGUGCUUGGUGCUUGGAAAGGCCCGCAUUGCUCGGCCUGCCUCCAUCCAUCUGGAGACUCCGACCUAACACCUGACGUCUCCUUGGCCAGCAUGCCAUUUUCCAUCGACUGAA